CGCUCCCGGCGGCUGCUGAGCAAAGGCGGCCACCGGGUUCGCCGCGAUCCUUUGGAGGUGCUGCCUGAACCAAUGUGCCUGGGUCCGCUGGGGCGAGAGCAGCCGCCAAAUCGGGGCAACUUAGGGCUCAGGACCCGGAGCAGGGACGUCGGUUUGAGAUCGGGACUCGGCGAGGAGGAAUAACCUGAGGUUUUGGAUUGUGAGGAGGAAGACCACAAAGAUGGAAAUCCUGUAUGAAUGUGGAAGCCAUUAGCCGAGUAAUUGCUGUCUGUUACCAUGACAACCAGCCGCUGCAGUCACCUGCCUGAAGUCCUGCCAGACUGCACCAGCCCUGCCGUGCCUGUGGUGAAGACUGUGGAGGAUUGUGGCAGCCUGGCGAAUGGGCAGCCACAGUAUGUCAUGCAAGUUUCGGCCAAGGACGGGCAGUUGCUGUCCACAGUCGUGCGGACUCUUGCCACCCAGAGCCCCUUCAAUGACCGGCCGAUGUGCAGGAUCUGCCAUGAGGGCAGCAGCCAAGAGGACCUGCUCUCUCCGUGUGAAUGUACCGGGACCUUGGGGACGAUUCACCGGAGCUGCCUGGAGCACUGGCUGUCGUCCUCAAACACCAGCUACUGUGAACUCUGCCACUUCAGGUUUGCAGUGGAGCGCAAACCCAGGCCCUUAGUGGAGUGGCUCAGAAACCCAGGCCCCCAGCAUGAGAAGCGGACUCUGUUUGGAGACAUGGUGUGCUUCUUGUUUAUAACACCUCUGGCCACCAUCUCGGGCUGGCUCUGCCUGCGCGGCGCCGUGGACCACCUGCACUUUAGUAGUCGGCUCGAAGCCGUCGGACUGAUUGCACUCACUGUCGCACUCUUCACCAUUUACCUCUUUUGGACACUAGUGUCAUUUAGGUACCACUGUCGAUUGUACAACGAAUGGCGUCGGACCAAUCAGAGGGUGAUUCUCCUCAUCCCAAAGUCUGUCAGCGUACCUUCUAACCAGCAGUCCUUGCUGGGCCUCCACUCAGUCAAGAGGAACUCAAAGGAGACCAUUGUUUGAUGCUCGUGUGGGUGGGUGGGUGAUUAGUUGUUUGGGGUCUGGAAGUUUCUGCACUGGGGCCAUGCACUGAGCCACCCCUAAACCCUUCCUUCCGCCUGUGGGUCUGAGAACAGCCAGAGCCUCGAGUUGGUCCAUUGCCCCGACAGCGAACUUGGCCAGAAGAAAGCAAAUGCUGUUUCCCUUCAAAUCGUGGAUGCUGCAGUCAUAUGAGAUUUGCUAAGCUGCCAAACAUGUUUAUUUAGCAGAUACUGUAUGGAAUUUUCUCAACACCUCUUGAACAUAUGAGGAAGGUGGUCCUACUAAGGAUACAAUUCUUCCUUUUUUAUUACUAUUUCAAGAUAUAUAUGUAUAUUAACUUAGACGAUCAUCAAAAAUCAAAAAAAACAAACCAUAAACACCGGUUUCUUGGUUUGGAUGGGUUUCAGUUUUGGCUAGCUCAUCUGUUUCCUGGUUUCUUCUGUAUAUUCUUGGGGGGCAGUUUGAUUGCUUGUGUGGUCUUUCUUCUCUCUCUCUCUCUCUCUCUCUUGUCUCUGUCAAGGAGACAGCACACUGACUUCAGAACAAGUCACGAUCGGACGGAUGGUUUGUACUCAACCUCAUUUAAUUAUUCCGUUUUUAAAGGGAAAAAAAGUCGCAGCAACUCUCCACUCAGUGAGCUGUUUACUUCAAUACCAUUAAAGAGGGAGGGGAGACUUAUGGCGAGAAGCACGCUCCUGUCACCUUGUUUAGUACUGGCAGCUGAGAAAAGCUAUUUUCUAAUAAUAAAUAUACCGUGUGUGAAAGACGAA